CUCCUAACAGGAAUAUAUGCUCGCAAUGCUCUAAGGAUGCAGUGUUCCCCACAGAGGGGCUGUGACCUGAAAACCACAGCAAUGUGCUGAUGCUCUUCUGUGCCUGGCUCUGUUAGCCAUGGUAAAGCCAUCAGGAGAAGCACGAUUCAGGCCUAUGCAGGGAAGGGCCCCGUGCAAAUCUGCGUUGUGCCAUGCACAGUUUCAACAACAGCAGCUUUGACCCCAUCACGUUCAUCCUGACCGGCAUCCCGGGCAUGGAGCAGUCCCACAUCUGGAUCUCGGUCCCCUUCUUCCUGAUGUACUUGGCAGCCCUUCUCGCCAACUCCGUCAUCCUCUUCAUCGUCAGCACGGAGCGGAGCCUCCACGAGCCCACGUGCCUGUUCCUCGCCAUGCUGGCCGUGGCCGACCUCAUGCUGUCCACCACCACCGUGCCCAAGAUGCUGGCCAUCUUUUGGUUCGGCGCGAAGACAAUUUCGUUCGACGCCUGCAUUACCCAGAUGUUUUUUACCCAUUUCAGCUUCAUUGCAGAGUCAACGGUGCUGCUGGCCAUGGCGUUCGACCGCUACAUCGCCAUCUGCGACCCGCUGCGCUACCCGAUGAUCCUAACGCCCUCCGUGAUAGGGAAAAUCGCAGUGACCGCGGUGCUCAGGGGCCUGUGCAUCAUGUUCCCACCCAUCUUCCUCCUGAAGCGGUUGCCCUACUGUGGGAACAACGUCAUGCCCCACACGUACUGCGAGCACAUGGGCAUCGCUCGCCAGGCCUGCGCAGAUAUAAGAGCCAACAUCUGGUACGGCUUGACCACGACUCUGCUCUCGUCGGGAAUAGACGUGGUGCUCAUUGCCAUCUCCUACGCCCUCAUCCUCCGGGCUGUCUUCCAGCUCCCAUCCAAGGAUGCCCGGCUCAAAGCUCUGAGCACCUGCGGCUCUCACCUCGGCGUCAUCCUGAUGUUUUACAUGCCAGCCUUUUUCUCCUUUCUCACCCAUCGGUUUGGCCACAAUAUUCCCGGCUGCAUCCACAUCCUCUUGGCCAACUUCUACGUGGUGGUGCCCCCCAUGUUAAACCCCAUCGUGUACGGGGUGAAAACCAAGCAGGUUCGGGAGAGCGUGAUACGCGUGUUCUCCCAGCCCAGGGGGGUUCCCUGCAUUGGCUGGUGAAGAGGAGGCUCGGUCAUCCCUGAUGGAGAUAGACCUAGACUAUGCAUGAGCGAACGGUGCUGCAGUUGCACCCUGACCUGGACAGGGAAGCUGUCCUGCUGCUUCCCUGGCAUGAAAUUGCAGGUUAGGUCAGGGCAGCAGGUUUCCAUGCACAUUUAUUGUAUGGGUCAGGAGGAAAGUCAGACCCAUCCAGCACUGGUUGGAAGCCAAGUAUUCAAGCCGCGACUAUGAAUCUGGGCAAACCCACCCACCACCAUUGCUUCCAACAGUGGCAAUGGUAUCUCAUUUCCCCUCACCCCCUGCUUGUCAUCAGCAGCUGUGAAAAAGGCAAAUUAUAAAGCGAUACUUCCCGUUUUGUUUGCAAUUCUCUCCAUCAUCUCUAUGUACCUAUGCAUUGAACAUUUUGCAAAAAUGCAAUUUUCCGCAGGUUAUGCAUGGGUGUGGGUUAUAUCCGUGUGCAUGCUAUAUGCGCGAAAAUACGGUAAAUUCAUGGUGCACCCACACCUUGAAUCCUGUGCCCAGUUCUGGUCCUCACACCUCAGAAAGGAGAUAGAGGAAAUACAGAAGGUCCAGAGAAGGGCAACAAAGGGGAUGAGUGGUCUGGAGGGGCUUCUGUAUGAGGAGAGAUGAAAGAGGCCAGGCUUGGCCAGUUUAGAAAAGAGAUGCUUGAGGGGGGACAUGAGACCAAGAUUGUCCUCAGCACUACACUUAUGGCAUAAACCCAGUCACUGCCUCAUGUUGUUCACAACGGGGCCCUGAUCCUGGAGUGGGUUGUUCUUGCAGUGCCCAAGCUCAGCCAGUGUGCUUUAGGAAAGGUCAGAAAAGUUUUCCUGAAGAAGUAACGGGAGGAUGAAGAAUGAGCUGCAAACUCUUGUUAGGAAAGAAAUAAAUCUUUGAUGAGGCCAAAUGA